UAUAAAUGUGCUCACCCAAUAGAAAUGAUGACUUAGUAAUUCUAUCGAUGAAAGUUUCGCAUCUUCGCUAUCUUGAUUGAUAGUCGAGCUGACUGUGCUAUUAUUUCGAAUUUUGUAAAUUUCAGAUUUUUAAGGAGACGAGAGUCUAAAAAACUUGAAUACAUCAAAUAAACAGUUAGGAUCGGCCAUCGGUGAGGCCAUCAUCACUGCUGCACAACUAAAAAUGCAUCUGCGAAACCUUAGUUUUCGAUCGUCAAUCCUUUGGUUUUGGUUUUUGGCUUUUAUCAUGAACACCCACCAAACAAGAAAGUUAGCUAGAUAUGUGCUCCUGAUUAUGACAAACGGAAUGGCAAAUGGAAUGUACUUUCAUUGUUCGAUUGUACAAAGCUACAAAAAUUAGCCUCGUUACGUUUUAUCACCAGAAUGCAAAGCCAUUUAUUUUUUUUUUUGUUUACAUUUUAUAAACGAACUUUAUAAGCCCAACUAUUUUGAUCGAUAACCUUUUGCCAUUUUUCUGGCGAAAGCAUUAUGCCAUCAUUACGGAAGUUCAGGGAUUUGUGGGUAAAAAAUUGAAUCGAAUCGUUUUCACCGACUUCUUUUUAAGCUAUCGUUUUAUACCAGUAAUUGAGUUUCGCAAAAAAAUGAAACAAAUGAUAGUCGGAUGUGACAAGGUGCAGGCUAUAUAGUGAACGAAUCGAAAUUUUUGCUCUCAAGUUCUUUUAAUUCUCGGAGGACGAUUAACGAUGCGAAUGACCUGGCACUGUCGCGAUGAAUGAUGAUACUUUUGUUUUUUUCUCGUCACUAGGAAGAGGAACAAACCGUCUGACCAAGUUGGAGCAACUCAUCGAACAGAAGGAAUCAAUCCCGAACUUUUUCUUCAGCUUUAUUUACUCUGGAUCACGGUAUUCUUCGCAACUUAUUGCCGUAUAUGAUAUACUUUGCAUCGUGCGUUAACAGUAUUUUCAAAAAUGGCCAGAUUUCGUUUUGUUUCAUCAAAGAUUCCGUUCCAUUACAUUCACAUGACUCGUACCCUACGCCAAUAUCAUUUUUCUCCUAUAGUCAAACAAGAGCUUGAAACUGUUUCACAAUCAGUACUUACUUCUUCUUCUUCUUCUUACUUCCGCAAUGAUGUCAUAAAAUGAAACGCGCUGGUCUCUAAAGAUUUGCGUCGACUUUACGAAAUCAAUUGGUGAAAGCUCAGCAUGUUUGUAACAUUGAAAUGCCGCGAAUGAAGAGAAACAAACAAUUUUCAUCUCCAUCAUCUUUACCCCAUGUAACGUGCGUGCCAAGUGUAAUCGUUUUGACUAAAGUCAUUUUGGAAUAUAUUAUAUAUCAACGUUUUUCAGAAUUUUAACACAAUUGCAAAACGUAAUUACUUUCGACUGAAUUAAAACAUAUCUCGAUUUCACUUAUCUACGAACUGUGACCUCUCACAUGCGUUAGACGUUAGCUUGAUAUAGGGCGUUAGUGUUAUCAAAGUUACACGAUUCUAAAGCCACUGAUUAAGGAAACGAACGGCACAAAAAUUUGCUUGAUUUAAAUCUAGUCUAGUUAUAGCUUGCAAAUUUCAGUGCGCACACAUCGCAGACCUCUAGAUCAACGUAAUAUUCAGAUGCGAUUUAUUUACUUGAGCCUAUACUCUCCCACUGUCUUUCGUGACACUCAAGAGCGAAUCAGUUAGAAAGUUGAAACUUGGCAUAUACCUACACGCAAUGUCUUAACUGAUGAUCACAUACAUAUUUUGCUAGACGUUUGUCGCAAAUCUCUAUUACAACAUAUUUUAUUUACUAAUUUUGCAAGUCUCAGUCUCAGUCAGGAGUUAGGCGCGUUAAGGUAUAACACGAUGAGGAUUAGAAAUAAGCGAGGAAAGCAAAAAAGAUAUGGAGAGAUGGUGAUGUGGGCAGCGUUUACCAACUAAGUGCUCACUAUAACUAAGACGAAAGUAAACGCUGUCACAUUGAGAUUUAAAGUCGCGCAGACUGGCUCUUGCCGCAACAUCGUUACAUUACGAUUUCGUAUAUCGGAACAUCGGAAAGUAUGAAAUAAGUUAAUUAUUCCCACAUAUAUCCAUGUAGUGAAUUAAUAUAAUAAUAUUUAAUAUCUAAGCCAACUUAUGCCAAUUGUAUGCAUGAUUAUAUACAUAUAUGAUGCUUGAUUCACAAAGGGAUUCAAAAAUUCCGGAAAAUUCCACAAAUGAUUUUAAUUUAAUUAUCGAGAGCACUUAUGACCAUCCCACCUUAACGGACUAUUAUAUUAAUCUAACGCCAUUUAUCACGCUGUCCAUAUUUGUCGCUGCUCUUUUAGUGAUUCUAAACAUUUCCAUUUUCUGCACUACCGUCGCAAAAGUACUUAAGCAAGUUGAUGCUACGCAAUGGGGACCUUCGAUAUUUUUAUGUUCAUUGUAUCCAUGUAUUGGUUGUGCUGCCUUAGCUACCAUACUUGUGCCAAAGGCCUGGUUAAUAUGCCAUACAGUUAUGCAUUUGUGUUUCACAGUCGGGGCUGUGGCACUUAGGGAAUUGUGCUUUCGCUAUAUAGAAUCUGAAGCCAAUUAUAUUAAAUCAACUGAUGCUGCUGCCCUCGUAUUUAAUACGCCACCCUGUUGCUGUUGCUGUCGAUGCUUUCCGAACGCAAUGCCAUCGAAACCUAAAUUAUGCAUACUCCGCUACAUGAUAUGGCAAAUGCCGUUUAUUCAAGGAUCGAUUAUGCUCGUUCUAAAUCUCAUUUACUACGGCGAACAGGAUCUGUAUAAAAAUGUUAUGAUAUAUUUUAUGCCUUUCAUUGUUUGCUCUAUUCUACUGGGAAUUUGGGCUUUAAAUAUCAUAGUACGAGUAGUUACCACAAUGCGCUCAGGGUGCGGUUUAAUGAAAAAAAUGUUUUGUUUGCAAUUAAUUUUAUUGCUAUGUAAAUUACAAUACAUGCUAUUAGAUAGUCAGUUAAAUAGCGUCACUUUGGGUAACUCGUAUCCCAUGAAUCAUACGGUUUAUAAGCAAACAAUCAUCAAUCUUCUAAUACUAAUUGAAAUGGUAUUAGUUUCGAUUUUGGCGCAAAAUGCCUAUAAAACAUCGCCACAGGAAAACGGCAAAUAAAGUAUUAAAUAGUAACUAGUACAACAUACAGCAUCCACAUACGAUAACUGUGUCCUUAUUGAAAAUAAAUAAUAUUGUGAUAUACAUGAAAAUUUACAUAAAUAUAUAUAUGGUUUAAUUUUA